UGUAAUUAAUUACCUCUAUAUUUAUAGAGAGAGGGAGAGGGGCUGGUUUCAUCUCGAAAUCUGAUUUUUGGAAUCCGUAGCCGAUUUUGUUUCUCCAUCAUCGUCAAUCCUUUUCACCGAGCUCAAUCCGUAUUUUCAAUGCUUGCAACCAGAGAGGCCAACAUGGUCAAUGAGAAAGGAAAGGGUACUAUUUCUAGCUCCAAUUUAAACCCCAAGAAUAAUGAUGCCUCUAACACUUCUCAAAGUGAGACAACUUUGUCCAUCUCAAUGAAAAUGAGUGUUAAAGAAACCGGGGUUGCUAAUGAGAAUGAAGAUAAGAAACACAAUGAAAAUGAAGAAGUAAUGAAUGAAGAAAAUGCAUUACCUGAUAUGGCGAAUGGAAAAUUUUCCAUAGAAGAAGAGAAGAAUGAGGAAAUCGCAAUGGAAGAAGACGAAAAUCAUGAAGAUAAUACCAUGGAAGAAGACAAAAAGAAUGAACCAAAUGCAAUAGACGAAGAAGAUAAUGAACAAAAUGCAACAGAAGAAGAAGGAAAAGAGCAGGAGGAGGAAAUCAAAGGAAAAAAUGAGGAAAACACAAUUGAACAAGCAAAAAAUGAAGAUAAAUUAGGAGAAAAUUCUAGAGAGAAAGUCAAAAGAUCAAGGAAACGGAACAGAAAGAAGGUGGCACAAAGGGGUUCUGAGAUAGUGGCCACUAAAGUGGAAGAUAAGCCAGAAUCAUCGAGCAAGAAAAAGGUGUCAAAUAGGGGUUUUGAGACAGUAGCCACUAAAGUGGAAGACAAGCCAGGAUCAUCGAACAAGAAAACGGUGUCAAAGAGGGCUGAGAGCAUGGGGAUGGUUUUCAUGUGCAGUUCGAAGACAAAAAAGGAUUGCUACCAUUAUAAGGUUCUUGGGCUGCCUGCAAGCAAGAGAGAUGUAGUACAAAAAGUUUACAAAGGGAUGAGGCUGUUUUUGUUUGAUUUUGAUUUGAGACUCAUGUAUGGGAUUUACAAAGCUGCAGGACCAGGGGGUUACAAUAUUGAACCCAAGGCUUUCCAGUCAGCGUUCCCAUCUCAGGUUCGAUUUACUGUUUUGGAGGAUUGCAAUCCAUUAGCAGAGGAGAAGUUCAAAAAGGUCAUCAAAGAUAACUACUAUGCAAGGAACAAGUUCGAUUGCCAACUGACCUCAGAACAGGUGAAGAACUUGUGUAAGCUUUUUGUUGCUUCCAGCAGAGGAAGCUCCAACUCUAAGAAGUCGGGCAGAAAUCUUAAAGCAGAAACCCGUACAUAUGCGGAUCGAGACAGAAUCAGACGGGCAGAGAGGCGCUCUGGGUUGGUUGCGGACCGCCAGUACCAUGACCGUCCGAUUAUUUAUGAAAGCGAGAUGUUUGCACCUCUUCCCCGACUUCUACCUUUGACUCCACCACCAGUUGCCGCUCCAUCGUAUGUUUCUUAUGGGAGGAGUCUGGAAAUGGAUGUUUACGGGCAGGACCCACUUGUUGAGCAUCGUGACCGUCGUCUUUUAGAUUUGGAUGUAAGGCAUCGGGAUGAGAUUGGAAGCCGUGAUCCCUACAUCUCAUACAGGGAACCUCUUUCAUACCGCGAUCCUCUGUAUUCUGCACACCUACCACCACCAGAGUACAGUUCUCCUGGACUGCGGGCAGAAUACCGUCCUCUUACAUCUGAGUACCGUUAUCAUGAAGAAGCAACAUCUGAGUAUGGUCCUCUUCGAACCAUGUAUCGGUAUUAGAAUUCAGUGUUGGAAAAUCAGAAAAUUGUGUCACUGGGCAGUUUCUCUGGUAUUUCAGUUCUCUUGCUGAGCUUUAUGUUGAAGUUUUAGGUAAGUCCUGAUUUGACAUGUUUUUUAACUUGAUCAGUCGAGGUGUGUGCAAACUAGUCCGUCUAAAUACCCGAUUAUUGAAAAAGAAGAAAAAGUCCUGAUUUGGGCAUGUUUUUCAGCUUGAGAUCAAAUUAGUUGGAUUGUUUUCUUUAAGCAACAUUUGGAUUAGAUAUGAGUAUGAAAUUAGCAGGAGUUGUGUAGGAAGUUAUCUUUGGAAGGCUUGAUUCUCUAUACCUGACCUGUACCUUAUAAAACUUCUAUGGAAAAAAUUUAGACUUCUCUUUUCUGCCCA